AUGAAUUGGGAAGCACCGAAGACGCCAACAGAAAUUCACAGCUUUCUGGGUUUAGCUGGAUAUUAUAGAAGAUUCAUUGAGUACUUCUCAAGAAUAGCUGCACCAUUAACUUCUUUGACCCGCAAGAAUGUAAAAUUUGAUUGGGGUCCAAAACAACAAGAAUCUUUUGAGAUUCUUAAGCAAAAGUUGAGCAAUGCUCCAGUAUUAUCUUUACCCGAAGGAGUUGAAGAAUUUGUUGUAUAUUGUGAUGCUUCACACACCGGUAUGGGUUGUGUACAUAAGGUGAUUUCCUAUGCAUCAUGA